AUGGGAAACAGAACAAGCAACAUUCCAACCCAAGUUCCAUACGGAAAUGAUCACAUGAGGAUGCAAAAGCCAAAAGAUCUGGAAAUCAAUAAUGAGUUUGAAUCUCCAAGGAAAGGCAUGGCCCGGCCUCAGACCAUGCCUUCCUCACCCAACUACCAUCAGUCAGAGUUUGAAAGCCCAAGCAAGAUUUAUUCACCAAGGUUGCUUGGCAGAGUUUUUAGCCAGCUAUCCCCACAAGCAAUGACAAAAGCCUUUCAUUUCCCUGACGAAGACCCAAUUGAUGCUGCCGGAUAUCAUCACCGACAAGUUUCGAAGCAUCAACUAUUCCAAGCUGAGGUUUACCAUGAAACAUUUAAUUAG